ACUGCUUAUUGGAAGAUCCCAUCAGAUCAGAAAAUGUUAGAAGACUGUGGUAUUAAUCAAAUUCAACCGGGCUUCGUCAGAGCCAUGCGACUGCUGUACCCCGAGGAACCUCGACCAAAGGAAAACAUCUACGUUGGUGGUUCCUGUGUAGGAACCGGCGUGUGGGAGUGUGCGACCAACGAUCUUUGGGGCCAAGUUAAGAAGAUUGCGAAAGAUCCUACUGGUAUCCUUGAAUUCAAAGUCGAUUCCCGUCAUUCAGAUCCUCGCGGCAAGGAUCAGGAGCGCAACCCGAACCAUACCGUCAUCCGAAUGGCUGGCAGUCACUACCUGGCAAGUGUAGGUCCUGGGGAUUGGGCUAAAAUGAUUCAAGUGAUCGAUGCUAUGUCGAAUAAGCUUUGUGGGGGAGGGAGACCGGCCUCAUUCAGGAUCUGGGUUAAUGCACAAGCACGGGAGCAGAAUGGACGCUCAUCUGUCAUUAACUACGUGCCUACUGAAGGGGCAAUCGACGGCUUGAAGACUUUCUUCGGUGACUGGCCGCAGAGUGAUACCAUAUGGUUUCGCCCUGAAUGGAACAAGUUCGAAAUUGUCGAUAUAGAAGUCGCAAACCGUACCACCCGGUGGGAUGCUCGGGCAGAUCCAUCCUUGAAGAGUUUCAGAGAAGCUCUCAAAAAUCUUUGGAAUGAUCCCGCGUCCUACACUUCAUUCUCCCUCGUAGAACUCCAGUCAGGAAAUCGCGGAAAGUCCAAGUACAUUGUCACACAAAAAACGACAGAGAAGGAAUGGCGACUUUAUGUGUAUGAUUGGUUCCAUGGAAGCCGCCUUGCAGUGAAGAGGAAUAUCAAGACUGAUUACACACUUGAUGAGGCCGAUGAGUGGGGUCUCCUAUCAACGUCUCAACAAAGGCCAAUACAACACCGAACACGAUUACAAGAUUCCGGAUCAGCAGCCUUACCGACAGGAUCCUCCCACGCUGGUAGUAAUAAUCCUCCUAAGAUCCCCGAGUUCAAUAAACCAAGGAUCUUGAAACCCACGGCGGGAAAGGCCAAGGUUCAAAAAUGGGCAUCCUGGAUGGCCAAUGAAAGCUAUCUGAAUGGAUUGCAACGACAAUCCUAUAUCAAAGAUCAGUCAGUUAUUAUCCCAGGAAAACAACCAGCUGCACCUAUAUACGGGCCAAGCCGUGAGCUUCAGAUCAAAGUUGGCCCCUCCCUCCCGACGGUUUAUGCGCAGCGCCUUACCCCCACCGACAUUGAUCAAUUACUCGAGGAGAACCAAAACCUGCGAAACAAGGUGUUGGAUCGGAUGUGGUCUUGCCCUAUUUGUGAUGUGGCGCUCAAUCAUCACGACAAUGACAAGAUUCGGGAACACGGCGAGGAACACAUCAAGCAGAUGGAAGAAGCUGGUCAAUGCCCAUGGUGUGAAAAUACGAACUGGGCCUUUAUGACUAGAGAUCAAAAACAACACCACUUCCAACAACAUAUGUCUAUGGAACAAACCGACCAGAUUCGUAAAUUUUGGAAGCAGAUUCAAUGCCCAGCGUGCGAUAUCGAUUUCACAGGGAUGACUCCAGAGGUCAUCAUCAAGCAUUGUUUGAAGCAUAAUCCAAACGUAGUUCAGUACUGCGAUAAGUGUGGACUUCAUGAGGCAGCUUGCACCGAAGGAGAGUUGAUACAUCACCGAAAGACUUGCCGCGAAGCGCCGGACUGGAAGGAAGGUGACCCGCUGCCUACUUUUUGCGAGUUUUGUGAUAUCAGCAUCCUCAAUAAUCGGGACUUGGCGGGCCACGACUCUCGCUGCAGAGCACCAAGGGGUCAUAGAAAGAGAUUUUGUGCCAGAUGUGGGACGAACCUCACGGGGCUGGACGAAACCGGAAAGUUUCGUCAUGGAGAGACCUGUCACCUCGACGAGCCAGCAAUAUCAAUAGGAUACGACGACAGAUCCGCAGCUUUGAAGAAGCGGGAGAAACUUCUAGAGUCUAAGGAAUUUAAACUCCAAAAACAGAAAGAAUGGACCCAAAAAGAAGCCCUGAAUCUGGAUAAUAAACACGAGCGGUUGAAUGAAGCAUGGGAAGAAUUCAGAGCUGAGCGUCGAGCAUUGAAGGACUCGCAGGCAGCGUCCCCGGAUCAGAAAGUCUUUGGCAAAUGUCCCAUCGAUGGAUGUCAGCAGGAAAUCGGGGCUAUGACCAGAGAAGAAAUGUUCGCCCAUUUCGAGACCCAUUCCAACUAUGGAGGAGCCAAGCCAUCAAAACCCUCUGCCACUGUGAGCGUGACGGAUGAGCACAGAGCAACGGGAAAAGGAACUGUGACUAAGAAGCGCAAGCUGGUAGAUGAGGGGGACAAAGAAUGGCGUCCAGAACCUGCCAAUAAGACAACGAAAGUAUCUCCUAACUCGACUAAGAAGCAGAAGAAGAACGACGGGAAGGCGGGACCAUCUCAUGCAAUGUCUUCGGAUGAGUCUGACAUUUCUGACUCUGCUGCGUUGAAGGCAGGAAGGCCGGAGCGUAAAAAGGCUAUGAAGACAGAGAAGGAAGAAUUGCAAUCUUCGGCCCCAAAAAGCUCAAGAAAAAAUGCAACGAAGAAAUAGGGCGAUGUUUCCUUGAACUGUUGGGAAUUGUUUUCUUUCGCCUUUGGAGUUGCAAUUUUGAUUUCGAUUAAGGCAUUCAAAUCGCCAGCAAAUCCAACAUUCUGUAAUUGAGGUGGUGUGAUGUAAAUUGUGAAAGGGCGACGGGGUGGGAGACGAGGCUGGAACAUCUUCG